AUGUCUGAGCCUUCGCCCGUGCCAGAGCAUCUACUCCGGUCGCAUUCCACCAGUGUCAGAGCGGUUCAUAUAUCCGAAGACAAUGAGAGAUUGUACUCGGGCGACAGCUCUGGUCUUGUCAUAAUAACCUCAACGCGUACUCUCCGUGCUCUGGCGAAGUGGGCAGCACACACGGAUAGCUUGCUGGGCAUAGAGGAAUGGAGCGAACGAGUUAUAACGCAUGCGCGGGACCAUAAACUGCACGUUUGGAAGACCCUCGAAGAUGUACCGCCGACCUCGAAGAUUGGGGGCUCUGCUGUUGUGUCUGAAGCACAGGCUCCCACACUGUGUUACUCAAUGGAUGUCAACGCGCUAAAUUACUGUCGAUUUUCGUUACUGGAAGAGGAUCCUUCGAAUGCCAGGCCAUCUGCUGAACAUCAAUCCCAGUGCCUUAUUGCCCUUCCGAACUUGGUGGAAUCGUCCCUGGCUGAUGUAUGGGUACUUCCAUCCUGCCAGAGAGUGCAUGCUGCGAUCGGCAAACCUCCUACUCAAGGCACUAUGGCCGAUGGACGCGGAGCUGCUGGACUUAUCAUGUCAAUGCACUUAUUCUUCGCGGAGGUCGCGUCGGCGGAGGCUACCUCGUCUACCGCAAAAAUGGAUGAACUCAGGCUUCUGUGUGCCUACGAGAACGGUUCAGUCACCUUACGUCGAUAUGCGGACUCAACCAAUUCCUACUCUAUUGAGGGCCGUGGGUGGGAGAUCAUAUGGACCGCAAAGCUCCACGCUGAAACUAUAAUGUCAAUGCGGGUCUCGCGAGGUAAUUCAUUUGCGCUGUCGACAUCAGCGGACCAUCUUGUUGGUCGCUAUGAUCUCAAGGUGAGGUCUUCGUCUGCCAGUGGUUCUGUUGUCUUCAGGACCAAAUACCCAGGCAACGGCGCAGUUGCUAUUCGCCACGAUGGGCGAGUCUGUGCAAUUGGCGGGUGGGACGGGAAAAUUCGCUUGUAUUCUUCGAAGAGUAUGAAAUCCCUUGGGACGCUCAACUACCACAAGAAGGCCUGCCAAGCAAUUGAGUUCGCUCAUGGUUCCGAGACACUGAUGUCGGGGGAGCCUAUUGCUGAUGAAGACGACGACGGCGAUGAUGACGAUGGAUUCGGUGAUGUCGAGAAAUCUACCAGAAAGCGAUGGUUGAUCGGUGGUAGUGAAGAUGGCCGGUUGUCCAUCUGGGUUCUGAUAGAUUUCACGAGAGGCUGA